UGUUUUGUUAAAAUACGUAAAAAUUAAAGAUUAACAUCCCAAUAAUUGCCUUUAGAAAUUAAAGAAAAAAAACAUUAACUCUUGACUUGGUGACUCGACGAAAGCCUUGGAGACAAACUUUUCAAAGGGGUUAGUUUUAAUCUCUCUGGGUCUCAUCUCAUCGCUGCAACAAUUUCAUAUCAAGAAAAAAAAACACUUUCAUGGAGGCUUAAACAUCACCACCAUCAGAAAGUAUGACGACGCAGAGCGCUAUGAGGAUGGUGGAAGGUGAUCAUGUAAAAAGUUGGCAGGCUUCCUCUAGGGAUCCCACUGGGAUAUUUGGUUCACAUGAUAUGGCUGUUGAAGAUUUAAGGUUCCUUAUGGAAAGAAAUAGAUUGGAUAGUAGUGGAAGUGAUCAUACAGGUAAGAUCCCUAGUAGGAGUGGGAGCGCGCCGCCUAGCAUGGAAGGCUCAUUUGCAGCUCUUAGGAAUCUCUUGAAACAUCAGGAAGGUAGUUUUAGUAGGUCUAUUGAGAAUUAUGGCUCUGAAGAAGAGAUACGUAGCGAUCCUGGCUAUGUAGCUUACUAUCUGUCCAACAUCAACUUGAACCCGAGGCUCCCUCCUCCGUUGAUCUCACGUGAGAAUCAGCACUUGCUGCGUCAUUUGGGUGGUGAGGGUAAUAACCUGAGUCCAACAGCGUCUUGGGAUGAUAUGGGGGUAAGAUCUUCCUUGCUUGCUUCUAGAACUGCGCUUUCUACACAUAGAGAGGAGCCUGAGGACGAGGCUUCUUCUGGUGAACAGCUGACUUUUGCUUCUUUGCCUGGUCGUCGUAAGAGCUUUGCUGAUAUCAUUCAGCGGCCUCAUUCGGCAGGGAACCAUCCAACAGCAGAAGACAUACAUGCCAUUUCUUCUGGUAUAGCUUCAGAAAGGACAAGAAGAGUACCAGAGUCUGAUAUAAGUGUGGUGAAUCUUCUGAGGGAGACAGAUUCUCUCUCCAUGGAGGCUAUUGCUAGUGAAGAUCCUUUUACCUCUGAGUUGAGCUCACAAAGUUCAACCAACACUCAGAAUGAGAGAUCAAAUGCGAGGGUAGGGAGCCGCGAGGACAACAAUCUAUCUGCUUUUGGUGCUUCUGGUCCAUCCUCUGCUGCUUCUAGAAUGAGGGGGAACCAAGAAGAGCCAAGGAGAAUGCCUGUGCAAUAUACGCCUUCAUCGUAUCAGGUUCAAGCUACUUCGCCACAACAAAUGACCUAUCCGAGGAUGGGUGGUGGUACACACGACAUGAUGCAGAACCUGCCUAGGAUUGCAACUGGAGAGGUACAUUCGAGUUUCCAAUCUCCUCACGGUUUGACAUCGCCUCCUAUGUAUACAUCAACAGCUGCAUAUAUGACAUCUCUGAGCCCGUUUUACAAUCAUAACUUUCAGUCCUCGGGUAUGUACCUCCCUCAGUAUGGUUAUAGCGGUUACCCUCCUGCCUCUGGUGUUGUCCCUCAGUAUAUGAGUGGAUACCCAUCUCAUGAAGCCACUGUUCCUAUGCCAUAUGAUAUCUCAUCGCCUUCUUCGGGCUACAACAACUCCUUCUCUCGUGAAUCCUUUUCACCUACUGCACAGAACACUCCUCUCGUGUUAUUCAACAAAAAUGAAAGUAAAUGACUUUUCCAAUCCAUUAUUUUGAAAUCUGUUGUUAUUUGUUUAUGAUUCUACAUACCUUUCUUUAUAAAAUCUAAUAAGCAAAGUAUCGCAAUA